UGAACGUGUUUUCAGCUCCGGGCCGCAGCGCUCGCGUACAACAACCUCCAGGCGAGGAACCUUCAAGCGGCUGUCGUUAGUCGCUUGUCGGUAGGAAGAUGUGCCUGGUUGACACAUCCACGAAAUGUGCAGGUUAUCGUUGUCUGCACAUUUUCGCGUGUGAGACCGGAGACGAAAGCGUGCAACAAUGACGUGUCAACCAAACGUGCAGGUGUGUUGCUUUAAAACCGCAGUCUUUCUCGCAAAAUGGAACAUCAUGACAGCAUGUCACCACCUGUCAAGGGCAGUUCCAGAUUAAAAACACAAGAUACACUAACGACUAAAAACACAAGCCAAGGUUUAAGAUACAAUUUUAGAUGCCAAAGAAAUGAAACUGAUACCAGAACUAAGUUCUGGGAUCAUAAAACCAACAUGAGGAAGUUCAAGAAAUCAUCAACAGAAAAAAGGUGGUGAAAUAUCGAACUGCAUGAAGAUGCAUGAAAAUAACUCGCUGCCAUACUUCCCCUUUUGCUGGCGGCUUUUGCCAGUCAUCAUUAUCAUCAUUAUAGUUCUAAACAUAAUAGGUCAUGGUUCAUGUUAUCUCAUCAUAAUCACAGAAGAUGAACCUCCUGGGCACGUCAUCUUCAACACUUCACUGCCGCCUCUCGGGAGGAGCCGGCAUUAUAAAAUUAAUUCUCACAGAAGUGCAAGCUUUGUGCAUCACAUAAUACAUGUAGACACUACGAACGGUAAAGUAGUGCUGAAGAGACAAUUGAGUUGUGAUGGAUUAUACUAUCCAAGUCUCUUUACAGUGUACGUUGACUCUGUGUCGAAUCAGAGCAGAGGUGUCGACUACUAUUCCUUGCCUUUACGGAUAUUCGUGAGUGGAGAUAAGUGCGAUAGUGAUGGUGGUGACUACGGAACAAGUGAAUUCGGUAGCAGUAGAAGAAUUCAUACAAAGAUUUCAGAGGCUAAACGUUGGAUAAGUGAAACUUUUGCUUCCUACGCCCUUCCUAGUGCCGAUGGGUGGAACGGGAUCUGCUUGCGAAAGAGUCAGUUCGUCAACAGUAUUUCUAGCCUAUUACCAUUAACCGUCCGUGAAAUGUGCCAUGUUCGUUACGUUGAUACUAGUGAUCCUCGUUUUAGGAUAGAAACUAGCGCAGGUGAUUUGGUGUCUGCUGAUAAUCAAUGUAUAAUGGAACCGUUGUGGAAGGUGACAAUCCUGAUGGAAUUCAACUGUGAUAAUCCAGAAAGCGAGAAGAAAACUCCGGGGUCAGGACUGGUCUCUUCAUCCGAACACAGACUGAAAAUAGUUUAUCAUCACAAAGACUUGAAUGACACCGACAUUGCGCACAGAGUGCGAAGGGAACUGCGGAACCAGUCCCCGUUUUUCGAGCAAGCUUUGUACGUCGCCUCCGUGAUGGAGGAGAAGCCGCCCGGAGUACUGGUGGCGACGGUGAAGGCCCGCGACCCGGAGCACUCUCCGGUCAGCUACUCGAUGGUUUCCCUCAUCGACUCCCGGUCGCAGGGGAUGUUCGCUAUCGACCCUGGCUCCGGCAUGGUCACCACGCUGACCACCUUGGACCGGGAGCUGAUGAACCUGCACUACUUCCAAGUGAUGGCGAUGGAUGACUCUUUCCCGCCUCGCAGUGGAACCACCACGCUUCAGAUCAAUGUGCUGGAUGCCAACGACCAUGCCCCUGUGUUUGAAGCCAACGAAUAUGAAGCCUCCGUUAGGGAAUCUGUCAGUAUCGGUUCCACUGUGAUCACACUGAAGGCUACAGACCAAGAUAUUGGACGCAAUGCUGAAGUGGAGUACUCAAUAGUUUACCCAGAUAGCGGCAGCGACAGCGAACCAGAGGCAUUCAGGAUGGACUCCAAGUCCGGGAUCAUCACGACCCGCACCGCCUUGGACCGGGAGCGGACGGAAGUGUACACCCUGGUCGUGAUGGCCACGGACCAGUGCCUGCCCGUGGUGGAGCGCAAGUCCUCGACGGCGACGGUCGUGAUCCGGGUGCUGGACGACAACGACAACUACCCGCAGUUCACCGAGAGGACGUACACCGUGCAGGUGCCGGAGGACAUCGGCUGGAGCGACAACCCGGUCAUAGCGUCCGUCAGGGCUGUUGAUGCUGACCAAGGAAACAACGCAGCCCUGAGGUACGCUAUCAUCGGAGGCAACACCCAGAGCCAGUUCGCCAUAGACAGCAUCAGUGGGGACGUAACACUUAUGAAGCCAUUGGAUUAUGAGCUGAACAGGAACUACAGGCUGGUCAUAAGGGCACAAGAUGGUGGUAGUCCUAGCCGUUCAAACACGACACAGUUGCUGAUCAACGUUAAAGAUGUGAAUGAUAAUGCUCCUCACUUCUACACAACUUUAUUUCAAGAAUCCGUCCUAGAAAAUGUUCCUGUAGGAUUUAGUAUUGUCAAGGUUCAAGCCUACGAUGCGGACGAAGGAGACAACUCUGCCAUCAAGUACUCGCUGGACGCCAGGAACGACGACGGGGAUGCCACGAGCGACUUUCCUCUCACGGUCGAUGAGAAGAGUGGCUGGAUCUACACCAGCCGGGAGCUGGACAGGGAAGAGAGCGCUAGGUAUCAUUUCACGGUGGUCGCUACAGACGGAGGCAAGCCUCCAAAGAGCGCCACAGCGAGCGUGGUUAUCAUGAUACAGGACAUCAAUGACAACGAUCCAGUGUUCGAACCGAAGAUUUACGAGGCAGUAGUUGCUGAAGAUGACCCACCAGGCACACCGGUGGCAUCUGUGACUGCCACAGACAAGGAUGAAAAUGCCAGGUUGCACUAUGAGCUGACAGGAGGCAACAUGCGAGGGCGGUUUUCGAUCACCUCGCAGAAUGGUUGUGGUUUGAUCACAAUUGCCCAGCCACUGGACUACAAGCAAGAAAAGCGCUUUGUACUGACAGUGACAGCCACGGAUGCUGGAGGCCGUACGGAUACUGCCACCGUUUACGUGAAUGUGUCGGAUGCCAAUAACUAUGCUCCCGUGUUUGAGAACGCUCCAUAUUCCGCCAGCGUGUUCGAAGAUGCUCCGAUUGGUACCACUGUCCUGGUGGUUGCAGCUACCGAUGGAGACGUUGGACAGAAUGCUCAGAUAACGUACAGCCUGGGAACAACGGAUGAUAAAAUUACGACACCUGAGUUCUCGAUAAAUCCCCAAACUGGCGCGAUAGUCACGACCAAGAAACUAGAUCGUGAAGCGGUGAGUGGUUACCUGUUGACGGUCACUGCUAAAGAUGGUGGAACAUCUCCACUUUCAGACACCACCGACAUCGAGAUCAUAGUUACAGAUGUGAAUGACAAUCCACCUGUUUUCAAGAAGCCAGCAUAUGUUGGCUCGGUUCCAGAGGACGCUUUGAUAGGGACAAGCGUUCUUCAGAUUUCAGCGACAGAUGCAGACAUGGGGUUGAAUGGGAGGAUACGAUACGCUCUGGAAGCAUCCACUUCUGAUGCAGCGUUUGUCGUGGACCCGACGUCGGGCGUGAUACGGACAGCCAAGGUGCUGGAUCGGGAGAGUGAAGCAAGCUACAACAUAACAGCGUACGCGAUUGACCGUGGCAGUCCUGCAUUAUCGGGUUCUGUGCAAGUUAUGGUGCGCAUAGAGGAUGUGAAUGACUCACCCCCCUCCUUUAUGACGGAUAAGAUUGAGCUAUACAUACCAGAGAACUCACCUAUUGGAUCAACAGUCGGGGAGAUUUAUGCUCAUGAUCCAGAUGAAGGACCGAAUGCAGUAGUACAGUAUUCCAUCAUUGGGGGUGACGACUCUAACAGCUUCUCGCUCGUGACCCGGCCGGGCAGCAACAAGGCAGAGCUCCUGACCAUGCAGGACCUGGACUAUGAGUCUUCGCACAAGAAGUACGACCUCACCGUCCGCGCCGCGUCGCCCCCUCUGCGCUCGGAUGUGCACGUGGAGAUCUUGGUCACAGACGUCAACGACAAUGCACCGGUUCUGAAAGACUUUCAGGUUAUAUUUAACAAUUUUCGUAAUUGCUUCCCCGCUGGUCCUGUUGGCCGCAUUCCAGCCUUUGACGCAGAUGUGUCAGAUCAAUUACAGUAUCGGAUUCUGUCGGGCAACAACGCCAACCUGAUUCAAGUGAAUGAAAGUAGUGGGGAAAUCACUCUUUCUCCACAACUGAAUACCAAUGUGCCUAAGGUUGCCACAAUGGAGGUGUCAGUUACUGAUGGUGUGAAUGAAGCGAAAGCGUUCAUGCAGUUGACUGUUCGGCUGGUGACAGAAGAGAUGCUGUUCAACUCUAUAACCGUGCGGCUGAAUGAGAUGACAGAGAAAGCAUUUUUGUCACCACUGCUCACAUUUUUUAGUGAAGGUCUUGCUGCUAUAAUACCAUGUCCAAAGGAGAACAUAUUCAUUUUCAGUAUUCAAGAUGACACAGAUGUGAAUGCAAAGAUCCUGAAUGUGAGUUUCUCUGCUCGCCGCCCGGACCUGGCGGGUGAUGAGUUCUACAGCCCUCAGUUCCUGCAGGAGAAGGUUUACCUCAACAGGGCCAUCCUGGCCAGACUGUCCACAGUUCAGGUGUUGCCAUUUGAUGAUAACUUAUGUGUGAGGGAACCAUGCCUGAACUACGAAGAGUGUUUGACCGUUUUGAAGUUCGGCAAUGCAUCAUCGGGCUUCAUCAGCAGUGACACAGUUCUGUUCCGGCCCAUCUAUCCCGUCACGACGUUUGCCUGUCGCUGCCCCAAGGGUUUCACUGGCAGCAGAGAACACUACUUGUGUGACACAGAAGUGAACCUCUGCUACUCGAACCCGUGCGGCCAUAACGGGGAGUGCCACCGUCGAGAAGGGAGCUACACGUGUGUCUGCAAGCCUGGCUUCACCGGCAGGAACUGCGAGGUGGACCUGCGCAUGGACACCUGCCAGCCCGGCAUAUGCCACUCGGGCUCGUCCUGCCAGCCGCUGGUGAAGGGGGGGUUCGUGUGCGAGGGCUGCCCGCUGGCGGGCGGGGCGGAGCACUACAGCCGGCUGUGCGAGCUGCGCUCCCGCAGCUUCUCCAAGGAGUCCUUCCUCACCUUCCCCGCCCUGAGGCAGCGCCACCGCCUGCACGUCCGCCUCAGGUUUGCCACACAAGCAGAGUCAGGUUUGCUGCUGUAUAAUGGCCGCUACAACGAGAAACACGACUUCAUUGCCCUUGAGAUUGUAUCUGGGGCCAUACACUUCUCAUUUUCACUGGGAACCAACGUCACAACCACGGUGGCUUCGAUACCGGGAGGCGUGAGCGAUGGGAACUGGCAUUCUGUUACCGUCCACUACUACAACAAGAGUGCUCUCGUAAGCAUAGAUGACUGUGACACAAUGCUGGCUACCAAGUACGGACACCAGCUGGGACCAGAGUGGGCAUGUGCCAAUCGCAGUGUACAAGUACUGGAAAACAGAUGUGCGGUGUUGACAGAAACCUGUCACAGGUUUCUCGACCUGACUGGGCCGCUGCAAGUCGGCGGGCUGCCUUCCUUGCCCACAAGCUUCCAAGUGCACACGAAAGAUUUUGUCGGCUGCAUCAGUGACCUGUACAUAGAUUACAAGUUCAUAGACCUCAACAGUUACGUGGCAGAUAACGGGACAAUAUCUGGCUGCCCAGAGAAGAAGGAUUUCUGCAUGUCAAACCCGUGUGUGAACGAUGGGAAGUGUGUGGACGGCUGGGGCACGUACUUGUGUGAAUGCACCACGGGCUACAGCGGCAAAGACUGCAGCCAAGCUGUCAAACCACCUUGGCGCUUCGAAGGAGAGGGUGUGCUUUCUUUUAACCCAUCACUGCGACUCAUUCACCUCCCGUGGCUGCAUGCUCUCUCUGUGAAAACUCUGCAGCGGGAUGCGUUCCUCAUGAGCAUCCAAGUGGGCCAGAACAACUCUGCAGUUCUUCGGCUGGUGGAGGGCGAGAUCCACUACAGCUACAGCAACGAGGUGGUGACACUGAAGAACGGGUUCAUCAGCGACGGCAGGUGGCACCACGUGGAGGUCAAGUGGAUGAGCGGGGAGGUGUGGAUCAACCUGGACUACGGGCAGCGAGAAAUAACUGAACCAGCUGGCAGCAUACUGCAGGGCAUGUUCAUUGGCAAGAUCCUGAUUGGAGGCCCUGAUUCCUCCGUGAUGGAAGGCUUCGGGUAUUUCGAAGGAUGCAUUCAGGACGUUUACGUCGGGCACACGUCUCUGGUCAGGCCGGCGGUGAAGGAGAAUGUUGCGGAGGGUUGCGUGGAGACGGACCAGUGCGCCUCCGGGGACAGGUGUCCCGUCCAUAGCUACUGCGUGUCUCAGUGGGAGCAGUUCCAGUGCCGCUGCCAGACAGGUUACGUGGGCCCUUCUUGCAUCAAUGUGUGUGAGCUCAAUCCCUGCUCCAAUGGCGGCCAGUGCAUAGAAGACAAGAAUACAGUUCGAGGCUACAGCUGUGAAUGUAAUUCAGAUGAAUACUCAGGGGAGUACUGCGAGGUGAAGCUGGACCAGCCGUGCCCGUCCAGCUGGUGGGGGUAUCCCGUGUGCGGGCCGUGCCACUGCGACCUGGACAAGGGCUACAACGCAGACUGCAACAAGACGACGGGAGAGUGCUAUUGCAAGGAGAACCACUACCAGCCUCUGGACUCUGACCGCUGUUUCGAUUGUGAGUGCUAUGCCGUUGGCUCUUACGGCAGCCAGUGCGACCCCGUCACAGGGCAGUGUAGGUGUCGCAGUGGAGUCAUUGGACGUCGCUGCGAUGCCUGCCCCAAUCCAUAUGCUGAGGUCACUCUUCGCGGGUGUGAAGUGGUGUACGAUGGUUGCCCACGCAGCUUUGCGUGCAGCUUGCUGUGGGCCCGGACACACUUUGGGCAAGUAGCCGUGGAGUCCUGCCCCAGCCACUCACAGGGCAAGGCGUCGAGGUCUUGCGACGAGGAGAUGGGAGGCUGGCAGGAGCCAGACCUCUUCAACUGCACAUCCGACCCGUUCCUGGACCUCAGCAAAGUGCUUAGGCAGUUGGGCGAUGGAGACCUACAGGUGACUACCUUUGUUGCCGUGAAAGUGGCUUCAGAUCUGCGCAGAGCUACCAACAAAACAGAAAUGAUGCACGGUAGUGACGUCCUCAUAGUUGAAGAACUUGUACGUGAACUGAUAUCCUACGAAGGGAGAGAAAAGGGCCUUAAUCUCACACACAGUCAAGACAAGGAUUACAUCAAGAAUUUGGUAGAGGCGUCAAGUGUGAUUCUGGACGAGAAGUAUGCGGAGCAGUGGGAAAAAAUCAGGGAUGUGACCGGCGAUACUGCGGAAGACAUCGUUAUUUCAUUCGACAAGUACAUAGCCGUACUAGCAAGAAGCCAGGAAGACACUUACACCAAUCCAUUUGAAAUUGUGGCUGAUAACAUGGUUCUGGGGCUGGACGUGGUCACACCAGAGAGUCUGUUUGGAUACGAGGCGACUAAUCAGGAGCUGCCAGGCAUGCCGCCAGGACCGAGGGAGAGGGUCAUUCUGCCGGACACUUCCGAGUUCUUGCAGUCCUCGUUGCAGUUGUCUUCUACCGCUGCAAUAGGAAGCGACUACGGGUCUCCACCGCCGUCAGCAGUCCCGACCCUGGUGUUCCCAAAGUACAACAACUACCUCAUGGAUCAAAAUAAAUUUGACAUCUACAGCAAAGUUCUCAUUCCUCUAAAUUUACUUGGAAUACAGUCGUUUGAGCAAGGUGAGUUGACAACGAAGCACAGUUUUGAGGGGAGUGGACAUGCUGUUCUUAGCUACGCUCAUUACAAAAUGGCUGGAUUGCUAUUCCCAGCUUCAUACGACGAGACCGUUAAUAGGCGCUGGGGUGUGGAUUUGAAAGUGGGAUCGCCUGUUAUAUCACUGGCAGUGUUGGUGCCUGUUGAAGAUCAACAUUCUGCAGCAGGUGGCGAUGCGGCGGGGCCCGGCUCUGAUCGCAAGUACCAGCUGCUCUCGGAGGCUCUGUCGCUGCCCAAUCCCGUGAUGCUGCGCCUGUGGCUGGAUCAAGAGUCCCAGUUCCUGUCCCCUCGUCUCAACCCUCAGUGUGUCUACUGGAGCACGGCCAGGGGAGUUGGUGAGUGGUCGCGUUCAGGCUGCCAGACCGAUGUACCUGAUGACUGGCAGUUCUCGAUGACCGAGCCAUUCCUAGUCAACUGCACUUGCAACCAUCUAUCCAUUUUCGCUGUUCUAGUGGAUGUCAUCGACAUAGAGUAUAUACCUGAACCAUCUAUGCUGGAGGACGUCACGACUUACACAGCAUUUUCCUUCUCUCUGCCGUUACUUUUUACCACCCUGUUGAUCCUCACAGUUAUUCGAGGUGUGGAAACCAACUCCAAUUCCAUCCACAAAAAUGUUACGUUGUGUGUCUUUCUGGCUGAACUCCUGUUUUUUGUCGCUCUCAAAGCAAGGAAGACUCUCACACAACAUGAGUUCCCGUGCAAGAUGAUCGCCAUGUGCCUGCACUACUCGUGGCUGAGUGCGUUCAGCUGGUCGCUGGUCGACUCGGUGCACCUGUACCGCAUGCUGACGGAGAUGCGGGACAUCAACCACGGCCAGAUGCGGUUCUACUACACCACGGGCUACGGCCUGCCCGCCGUCGUGGUCGGCCUGACGGUGGGCGUGCGCGCGGACCAGUACGGCAACUUUUACUUUUGUUGGCUGUCCCUGUAUGAAUCAGUUGUUUGGAGCCUGAUUGGUCCGGUUUGUGUGGUGGUGUUCCUGAACCUCAUGGUGCUGGUGGUGUCGAUACGAGCUGCUUUCACUCUUAAGGAUCAUGUCAUGGGAUUUGGGAACCUCAGAACUCUGCUGUGGCUGUCCGUGGUGUCGCUCCCACUGCUGGGGAUAACGUGGGUCCUGGCGAUGCUCUCCGGCAGCGAGGAGCUGCCCGUGCUGUGGUACAUGGUGUCGCUGGCCGUGCUCGUGCACGCUGUCUUCUCCCUGCUCGGCUACUGCUUCGUCAACCAGAGGGUGCGCCGGAACCUCCGCGUCUCCGUGCUGCGGUGCUUCGGCAGGAAGGUGCCCCUGCCGGACACCUCGGAGAUCACCGGGAGCAGCCAGGGCCCGGCCCAUCCGGCGACGCGUUCUUCGCUGGUGUACCACAGCGGUGGUUUUGAAGCGGCCCGCCGCCACAUGGGGAUCUCCGCUUCCAGCACCACUUCACGGUCUACCACCAAGACCAGCAGCAGCCCGUACAGAAGUGACACGCAGCUUCGUCAGACGACAACAAGUAGUGGCACCAGCAACUACAAUUCGACUAGUGACAUGCCAUCCUACGUCCGGGGCUUCGAUUCAUCUUUGCAUCAUCACACAGAAGUUCACGAAGAAAGUCCCACUCGAGCGAGGCGGCAGGAGUCGGACUCUGACUCUGAAGUUUCGGUGGAUGGUCGCAGUCUGGAGCUGGCAUCGAGCCACAGCAGCGAUGAGGAUGAGUCAUCCACUCGGCACGGCAACAGAGACAUAGGAGUAUCUGUGAUGAGUGCCCCGUCGUACUUGCCGAAUAUUUGUGAAGACCCGUUAGUGCACGGUUCGUCUUCGCCCCAUCUCAGCCAGAACGGCAGCAACAGCAGCUCGAGGGGUGCUGCGAUCCAGCCGCCACCUUCUCUCAACAUCAUCAGCAACAGCCAGCUGUUCCCCCAUCUCACACCCAUAUAUGCACCUCGCUGGACCAACCAACUGCAAACCACAUAUCUUUCUUCAGACAUGAUGGAGCCCGGCCCGCGGGGCAGCCAGUGGUCCGGCACGGGCUCCGACAACGAGGUGUCCCCCGGGGCCGCCCACCGCCACAGCCAGGGCACCAUGACGCUGCACCCGCACAAGAUGGUGGCGUCGCAGGAGAACUUCCACGACCUGGCGGACCAGUGCUCCGAGACCGAGGAGAAGAUCCACCUGGGGGACAAGUACCUGUUCCCUUACACUGCUGAAGAAGACCACUGUGGGACGCCGGCGUACAUCCUGCCGCGGCUGCUGGCGCCCAGCAAUGCGGGCAGUGCCAGGGCGUCCCCCAGCCUGCUGCACCGCGUCUCCGCCUCCACGCCGCCCAUCCCCUCCGAGUCGGAGAAAGAUAUCAAUGAAACCCCGGUAUGAUGACGACUCUGUAUAGAAAUACAGUCUGUGUGUGUUCAAGUAAAACUUCACAUUACUGCCAAUUUUUAAAGUGGAUACAGAUUCUACUACAGCUUUCAGCAAAUGUCUGCUGCAAGAACCAUGUUUUGAAUCCAAAGUUUUAAUCUGCAUGGAUAGUAAAGACUUGUGUUAUCUUCAGUUCAGGUGCCCUUGUAGAAAUGUACAUUCCAAAGAUUUUUCUAUCUACUAUUGUGUUUGCGUCAACAUUCAAAUCAUCUACUUGUUUUAAUUUUUAUAGCCAUAAACACAAAGAUUUUACACAAAAGCAUGAAAGUAUAAAUUUUUUAAUCAGUAAUGGUAGUAACAAUUCAUGAAAAACAUUAUGUUAGUAAAGAUUGUGCUGUAUAUGUUGUAAAUGUUCAAACUUAUUUUUUUAAUGAGACUGAUUAUUUUGAAAGGACAAUGAAUGUUAACAUUUGUAUUCAAAUCAGUUAAGUAUUAAGUUAUUGAUAGUUGUAAGUGCUAUUUAUUACUUGGUAUAAAUGUCUUGUGUUUGGUGUGCUUGUGAUGCUGUCUUGACUGUAACAUUAAGAAGUGCUUUUAACAAGAGAACAUUCUUGUUGCCCAAGAUCACUUUUACAUUCCAGAAGUAGUAUUUAUCUUCAAGCAAUCAUGUUAUGUAUGUGCUCUUAAUAACUUAUCUUGUGAGGAAAAUCAAAGGUAUGCACGUUAUACAAGAACUAUAUCUGAAACUAGCAUUAGCUACUUAACACAUUUUGUACAGAGACACCAAAUAUUUUUUAACCAAAGCUGAAGUUAGGGUUGCACAGAAACACUAAAUAUAACAAGAUCACCUGCUUAUGGUUGGUUGAUCAGAACCACUUGGUUCUGAUAAUAAUCACAAGCUUAGCGGCCGUUGUCUGGAGUUGCUUGGCUUCUGGGUUGUAGCCGUGUUGAAGGCGAAGAUAUCACCGACGUUUUGAUGAUAUUCCUACUGAGGUUCUGCCUUGUAAUACUCUUGCCUGAGAGGGGAGUGUUUACUGAUUGGCUGCAGCUGUGAGCCAAUCAGAGCCUUCCUUUCUUCUGUUUGGCCUGUUGGAGCUAGGCUUCUGUGAUUGGCUGGGAGUGCUGGCCAAUCAGUGGCCUCUUUUCUUCUGGUUGGAAGGGCUGUUUGGCCAACCAGAGGUGAUCUAUCUGUUGUUGGAUGCAGAGCUAGGUUUUGAGGAUUUCUGAAGAGUGGGUCCCAUAUUCUGCUUGGUUCUGAUGCUCGAAAAUAAUGAAAGUCACACCAAAAGAUGGGUGCGAACGAUCAUGAUUGAUUGUGACACUUUAACGUGUACAGUCAUAGUUUAUGGUCUUAAUCUAGUAGGUUAUUUACAUAUUUAAAAGUCAUGUAUGAGAAAAAAGUCAGUAAGCUACUCUUAUCAUAACAUCAAAGUUCAGCAGAUAAGACAAGUACUUUAAAAACUGUUUGAACAGUAGGACAAAACAGAAAAGGAACCUUUGUUGAACAGUACAUAGGUAUUGUAGGCUUUUUCAUUGUGUAGAGCUGAUACUGCGACCAUGUGAUAUUAAAUGUGGCCAAUAGGCUUCAUGUAUGUAUAAAAGUAAUUAAAAAUUAUGUAAUCUUACAGCAAACCACUGAUAUUAUCAUGCAAUUGUGAAUGUUACAGCCAGUAAAACAACAACUGGAAAACUUAAAUUUUUUUCACAACAAACAUUUUCUAACAUCAUAUGAUGAUUGCUUACAAUCACAUAAAACAAAGUUCAUUAGGGAUCGUCCAUUAAUCA